CGGUGCAGGAGCACGGCACCGACCCACCACCGGGCCAGCUGAGCAUGGUGUAGACUGGAGCUGGGAAGGACCGUGGGAGUGUGUAGGAGUGCGAUGGGACGGAUUGGAGUGUUAAGUGUGCGUUUGUGUGGUUGGGUACCUUAGACGUGAAUCAGUGUUGACUAGCCGAACUGCAUGGCAUGUGACUGAGUGAAACUCCGGCCAUUCUGUCAUCAUAACCAGAAACCAGUUAGACAGCUAUGUGGCAGAAGCUGGACAGACUGCUCGGACAAAAAUGCUGUGUCUUUUGCGGCCGGAGUCCAACCGACCCGGGCCCGGCCGUUCAGGUGGAGCUGGUGCCCCCAGACGCGCAAAAAGCGGUCGCCAACGGCGUGGUACCCCCAGCCAACGGUCACGUCCCCAACGGACUGGUAGCCUCAGGUCGACCUCCGCCGCAGCCUGGCCCGCACGGCGCCGGUCCGGGGGUCUACCAGGACACUCGGGUCCAGCUGACGGGGGCCUUCCAACCGGCUACAUCCUCCAGCGCUGGCUUCUUCAACCGGCCUGCAGCUCAGAACGGCGGCGCCCAGCCGUCGAAUGGAGGGGAGGUGUCCAGAGCGACCGCCGGCCCACCGCAUGUUCAGCAGCAGGGCGCUUACCAGCAGCGAGAGGCGCCGAGGCAGACGGUCAGUUGGGGACCUCCUGACCCUGCUGGAGGCUGGCCUGCGCCUGACGCGACGCGGCCGACCUCAGGUCACGCUGGAGGUCCGCCAGCGGCGUCUCUGAGACACCCGUACCAGCCUAGCCCGAGCAAACAACCCGUCCCUCCAAGCUCAGCGGCGGGGACGAGCGGGGCUCAGCAGGGCGCGGCAGUCACCUCCCGACCAGAUGGGAGUGGUCCUGGCACUGGAACUAAUCGAGCGACCGUGCAGUGGGGAGCUCAGGUGCCCCCGCCGGCCUACUCACUGCCCCGUCAGCAGCAACAGCAGCGGCCGGUCGAGCAGGCGCCGCCAACUACUGCGGUCACUCUGCCUGCCGGGACGGGUCAAGACCGGUCACGACCUGGCGAGCCGCCGACAGCAGCGGGGGUCACGAACGGCGAGGCGGGUUUCAUCUCGGACCUGAAGGCGGGUGACCUGCUGGGCCGCACCAACGAGGAGCUGGUGUUGCUACUGAUUCAGCUGCGACGUCAGGCUGCCGCAGCCGCUGCCGCCCGGGAUCGCGUCAGUCGUCAGCUGGACAGAGCGGUGGCGGAGGCCGGAGGGAGCGGACGGCAGACGGAACAAACGGAGCGACUCCGAGCCCAGAUGGCCAGACUGGACUCUCAGCACCAGCUGACGCGACCUCUCAUCACCCUGGUGGACAACAUGUUGAAGCUCUCUUCUCUGCGGGGCUCCCGCGGCGGACCGGGGGGCGGGGCCGGUGGGCCGCCGCCCCCCGGCGAGACGUCCGAGCCUCCUGCCGCGACACUAGCGCCGCCCAGCGGACAGAACGGCGACAGCCAGGACCGGCCGCCCGUCACGGGGGAAGAAGGGCCUGUGAGAGACUCGGAGCGGCUGCUGCAGAGGCAGAGAGCGCUCCAGGACGAGCUCACCAGGGUCAAGGCCGUGCUCAGCUCCAGCGCAAAGACGCUGGACGAGACGGCCGCAGAUAACAGUCGCCUGGAGAGGGAGAUGCUAUCUCUGCGGCAGCGACUGCAGGCGGCGCUAAAGGCCACCAGCCACGGCAGCUCCUACAGUAACGAGGUGAGGUCGGCGCCGUGA